UAAAGUGUAACCAGGCCCCCCCAUUCUCCACCCUCCCCCCUUGCCUGGGUCACACAAUUCGAGGGGUGUCUGGGCAAACAUGGUGGCUCGCGGGAAGGAAUCAGGGAGGACGCCAGACCCUCUGCUCCUGGCCCUGAGGAUGGGGCCCUUCUUCGCCUCCUGCGCCUUCUACUUCUUCCUCUGGCUGCCCUCGGAGGAGCCCCGCUGGACCAGCGCUCUGGUCAAGUGCCUGCCCGUGCUCUGCCUGGCCGCCUUCGCCCGCGCCAGCGCCUCCCCGGGGCCCGGCCGGCGCUUCACGCCCCCGGGCCUGCUCUGCUCCGCGCUGGGGGACUUCUUCCUCAUUUGGCCCAGCCGGUUCCUCUUCGGUAUGGCGGCCUUCUCGGCGGCCCACCUCUGCUACCUGGGGGCCCUGGGCUGGCACCCGCUGCGGCCGCACCUCCUGGGCCCCGUGGCCGCCGCCUUCGGCGCCUACGUGGGGCUCCUGCAGCCCCAGCUGCCGCCCGGCCUGGGGCUCCCCGUGCUCCUCUACGCGGCCCUUCUGGGCCUGGUGCUGUGGCGGGCGCUGGCCCGGGGCGGCCCCGCGGCCCUCGGCGGCCUGUUCUUCAGCGUCUCCGACGCCGUCCUGGCCUGGGACACCUUUGUCCGGCCGCUGCCCCCAGGCCGUCUGAUCAUCAUGGUCACCUACUACGCCGCCCAGGCCCUGCUGGCUCUGGCCACGGUGGAGCCCGGGGCCCCCAAGGCGGACUGAGGCCCGGAGCCCUGGCGAGCCUGGCUGAGCCUGCCCAGGGCCCGGCGGACGGUCUGGGACACGGCCCCUCGGGCGGCCUCGCGCCCGCUCAGCUCCGGGGCCGCCCCCACCAUGACUCCAGAUGAAGAAGAAGACUUUCCCUUGGAACCCCCCCCCCCAGCCUUCUUCUUACUCACCAAGCCCUCCACUGACAUUACCCACAAUCCUCCUGGCUCCCUAGGAGGGCGUCCGGCCCUUGGCAAGCCUGCCACCACCUGCCCAGACACUUAAUAAAGCUGAUAUUGAGACAA